CCGCGCGUGAACAGGUGUCCGUCGGCGCCUGCAUUGAUUUUUCUAUAAAAGCAGCUGAGUGCGCAUGCAGUAAGUAGCGCGAUGGCGCACGGCAGCAGUUGGGAGGAGUUCUUCGCGCUGCACCUGCCGCCGACGGACUUCGAGGACAACCGGUCGCUGCUGAAGGAGUUCUGCUCGCGGCACGCGCGGCAGGGCACGCGCAUCGCGCUGGUCACGUCGGGCGGGACCACGGUGCCGCUGGAGCACAACACGGUGCGCUUCGUCGACAACUUCAGCGCCGGCACGCGCGGCGCCGCCUCCGCCGAGUACUUCCUCGAGCAUGGCUACGCAGUCAUCUUCAUGCACAGACACAAGAGCCUGGAGCCGUUCACGCGGCGCUUCAGCGCGCAGAAGCUGCUGGACAUGCUGGAGCUGACGGAGCGCGGGCCCAGCACGUCCAUCACGGUGCGCGCGGACUCGGUGGACGUGCUGGCGCCCGUGCUGGCGCGCCACCAGGCGGCGCGCGCGGCCGGCGCGCUGCUGGCCGUGCACUUCACCACCGUCUCCGACUACUUCUGGCUGCUGCGCGCCGCCUGCGAGUGCCUGGCGCCGCUGGGGCCCCAGGCGCUGCUCUACCUCGCCGCCGCCGUCUCCGACUUCUACAUCCCUAAGGAGGUCAUGCCGACGCACAAGAUGCAGUCGGACGGCGGCGCGCCGGUGAUCCAGCUGCAGCUGGUGCCGAAGAUGCUGGCGCCGCUGGUGUCGCUGUGGGUGCCGCGCGCCUUCGUCGUCUCCUUCAAGCUCGAGACCGACGAGGCGCUGCUCGUGCCCAAGGCCAAGGCCGCGCUCGACAAGUACAAGCACAAGAUCGUGGUGGCCAACCUGCUGCAGACGCGGCAGACGCGCGUGCUGCUCGUCACCAAGAGCGACACGCGGGAGAUCGCGCUCAGCCGCGGCGACCUGCUCGCCGGCGCGGACAUCGAGAUGGCGAUAGUGGGCGCGAUCGUGGCGGCGCACGAGGAGCACCUGGAGGGGGAGGGGGCGGGGGUAUGUUUUUAA